UCGUGACUGCAGCAAGUGCGACACAGCUGUCGGUGGGGGUCCGUUUGUUAAAAGUGUCCCAGAAUUGAUCAGUAGUGGCUUUGAUCAGCUCAAGAAAAGGAAAAAAAAUCUUGUCGAGCUGACAUCUGAGGUGGAGGCGCUGAUCCGAUUGGAUUUUGAAACGAUGGAUCCUCUAUUGUGCCUGGUGGCGUUGGGGGUUAUGUUUCUGCUAUGGAUUAAAGUGAAGGGUUUAGAAUACGUGAUCGUUAACCAAAGGUGGAUUUUUGUGUGUUUGUUCCUUCUACCAAUGUCCAUCAUAUUUGACGUAUGGUAUUAUCUACGUGCAUGGGUGAUUUUCAAGAUGUGCUCUGCGCCCAAAAAACACGACCAACGCGUCCGGGACAUUCAGCGACAGGUGCGUGAAUGGAAAAAGGAAGGGGGUAAAACCCACAUGUGUACUGGCCGCCCGGGUUGGCUGACUGUGUCCCUCAGAGUGGGAAAGUACAAGAAAACCCAUAAGAACAUCAUGAUCAAGAUGAUGGACAUUCUGGAGGUGGACACAGAGAGACAGGUGGUACGAGUUGAGCCCCUGGCCAACAUGGGUCAGCUGACUGCCCUCCUCAACUCCAUUGGUUGGACAUUGCCUGUGCUGCCUGAGUUGGAUGACCUCACUGUGGGUGGUUUGGUGAUGGGCACAGGCAUUGAGUCAUCCUCUCAUAUUUAUGGGCUGUUUCAGCACAUCUGUGUUGCAUAUGAACUGGUACUAGCUGAUGGGAGCUUGGUUCGCUGCACUGAGGAGGAAAACUCUGAUCUGUUCUAUGCUGUUCCAUGGUCCUGUGGGACUCUGGGGUUCCUUGUGGCAGCUGUGAUUAAGAUUGUACCUGCCAAAGCCUGGGUGAAGCUCCACUAUGAGCCGGUCAUGGGGUUGGAGAACAUCUGCAAGCGCUUCGCCGAGGCAUCUCAGGACAAGGAGACUACAUUUGUCGAGGGCCUCCAGUACACUCUGGACACAGCGGUCAUCAUGACCGGAACCAUGACUGACCAUGCCGAGCCUGAUAAAAUCAACAGAAUUGGUCUGCACUUUAAACCCUGGUUCUUUAAGCACGUGGAGGGCUACCUGAAAGAUGGCCGAACCGGAGUAGAAUAUAUCCCUCUCAGGCAAUACUACCACAGACACACACGCAGCAUCUUCUGGGAGCUGCAGGAUAUUAUUCCGUUUGGGAACAACCCCGUGUUUCGCUGGCUGUUUGGGUGGAUGGUUCCCCCAAAAAUCUCUCUAUUGAAGUUGACCCAAGGGGAGACCAUCAGGCAGCUUUAUGAACAGCACCAUGUGGUCCAGGACAUGCUGAUACCCAUGAAACACCUACAGGCUGCCAUCACAUGCUUCCACCAGGUCAUAAAUGUUUACCCUCUGUGGUUGUGUCCAUUCAUGCUGCUACCAGGCAGAGGAAUGGUUCAUCCCAAAGGUCAGGAGGAGGAGUUGUAUGUGGAUAUUGGAGCAUAUGGGGAGCCUACAGUUAAACACUUUGAGGCCAAAGCCUCUACACGACAGCUGGAGGAAUUUGUCCGAGAAGUGCAUGGGUUCCAGAUGCUCUAUGCAGAUGUGUACAUGGACAGAGAGGAGUUCUGGGAGAUGUUUGAUGGACAGCUGUAUCAAAGAUUAAGGGAUGAACUGGGCUGCAAGGAUGCGUUUCCUGAGGUUUACGACAAAAUUUGCAAAUCUGCUCGACACUGAAUCGACACAGGAAUCUUAAACAUUGACCUCAGCCUUAGUCUGACAUAAACUGGUCGACAUGAGCUGUUUGCGACAAGCUGCAAGACCUGAUUACUUCUUCGAUGGGGUGAAAGGCGAUUAGCUUCCAAUAUUGUUCAGGAAACAAUCAGCAAUAUUGGUUUAAAAAAAAAAACUAUUAAACAUGGCUUUUUACCUAAGGCCAGAUCUUAACACUUUCUAAGAUGGAGAUAAACUGUCCACAUAUAGACAUAAGACAACGGUUUUCAAUCUGGUCCAUGGGAACCCAGAGAACUGUUGGUUUUCCAUCCUUCGAGGUUGUUAAUUAUGUUCACCUAGAAAAAAAAACCUGGAUGGAGGCUGUAAUACCUGGCAUAAUUGGUGACUGUAAUUUACUAUUUGGCAGAAGGGAAAACCAGCAGCACCGUGGGUCCCUGCGGACCAGACUGAGAACCACUGAGUUAGGACCCCCUGUUCAGCUAAGAUCAUUUUUAAUUAUCAGACUGUGUGCACAGACUAUUGCAUCCUGUCAAAUCAUAUCUGUUUUAUUGUAAAUCGCAGAUUCUGCAGGUAUGAAUUUAUUAUUUUUUCCCCAUAAUCAUUAUUAGCUACAAUUUGUGUCAUUACUGUAAUGGUUUCCCUUCCUCUGUUUCACUAGGAAACUUCUGGUCAUCUCGUAUUUAAGAGACUGCGAGUCACCAAUUCUUCUUCCUUAAAUGUGCCUGUUUGAAAACUUUGCCAUGCUUUAGCAUCUUAUUAUCUUUAACAUUGCAGAAUUUUUGCAGAUUUAUAUGCCUCCCUUCAUUAUUUACAAGCUUGCCUUAUGAUUCACCUCUCAAGUGCCAUUGACAAAUUAACUUUCCUAAUGUCUAUACAAAUAUUCUAUGAAUAUGAAAAUAUUUUUUCAGUCAUACACUUUUUUGUAAAGGACUGGGAAACCAUCAAUUACACUGUCAUGGCUUUGUUAAUGGAAGAACAUAUGAAAAAAAUAUAUUCUACAAUAAAUUUCUACUUGUGUUUAACUUUGUUGUAAGCGUUUGU